CUUUUACUGCUUCGAAUUUUUCUAUUCCUAGCAAUAAUUUGCACUCCACCAUGUCUGUUGGUAUCAAAUACAACUGAUAUAGUAGCAGUGGAUCAUGGAAAAGCAAAGGUAAACUCAGUGAUUCUAGGCCUUACAAGAGCUGUUGCUAUAGACGUCCAUUUCAGCCUGGGCUUCAUAUUUUGGAGUGACGUGACGGAACUGAACAUCAAACGACUUCGGAUCGGUGAGGAAAACACGACUACAGUUAUAACUAAUAUUGGUGUCUGCGAUGGAUUAGCCGUUCAAUGGAGGACAUCUCAGUUGUAUUGGACUGAUACAACGUAUAAUAGGAUAUCGGUAUCAGACCUGGAUGGAAACAACCAAUUUACUUUAAUCUCCUCGGCAUUGGAAGAACCCAGAGCCAUAGCCCUUGAUCCGGACAACGAGUAAGUGUCAUAUUUGUGCGAUUUAUAAGUACAUUAUGAUUAGCCGCUCGGAUAUAAUACAGUGUGCACUUAUCGAACUUCCAAUACAUUAAUUAGUAAGAUUCGGAGAGCGCAACCGAUUUCUCAAUAGUUUCUUUGCAACCUUCAUAAGGUUUUUAUAAUGUUUCUACUAAUUCAAAUCUCAUUAAAAACGGCGACAAUAAUUUGUUUUUCAAAAUCAACGUAUAUAUUUUUAAUAAUUUUUCAAGCAGGGUGAUGAUCUUAGCUGUUUUAGUCGUCGACCUAAUUUAUCUCCCGGAAUAAGACUCAUUCCAAAUAUUCCAGAAUGGUUUAAAUAGCAUUCCUUUUAUGAAAUAAUCGAUCUUUGCUAAUCGUCUGAGGCCUUCCUUUUGAACUGUAAAGUGAAUGUCAUAAAUUCAUUGACUGAACAAUGUAAAAGCUGACCGACUGAUUCAUUGAUCGAUGUGCCGAUUUGGCUGAACAACAGACUGACUGACUGACCCUCUAAAUGAUUAGCUAACUGGCUGGUAAGCCAACCCAUUAAAUGACCGACCAGUAGGCUUGCUAACUGGCUAGUUAUAAGACUGGAUAAAUCAUUGAUUCAUUGUCUCACCUCAAAAUUCUACUUAAGUUUAACCUAUUGAUACCGUCACUUAAACAGUGCAAUGAUUUGGACUGACUGGGGAAGCGCUCCCAAAAUUGAAAAAGCUUCCUUGAGCGGACAGCAAAGAGUCGCCAUCGUAACAAAAGAAGUCUACUGGCCGAAUGGAAUUGACCUCGACAGAGGAGGCAAAAGAGUCUAUUGGGUAGAUGCCGGUUACGACAGAGUGGAAUCGGUCGACUACAAUGGUGACAACAGGAAACUGCUUUUUGAGAUGCAUAGCCUACAUCCAUUCGGAAUGGCGUUGAUCCCUCCUUUCCUGUUCUUUACUGACUGGGUGACAUACAGGGAGUUGCACAUGCUGGACGCUACAACCGGAGAGGUACUCAAAAGUUUCAGUAUUAAUGGUGGGCGACCUAUGGGAAUUGUUGCAUACGACAGUGGGCGACAACCAGCAGGUAAUCUUAAGGAGGCUAUCAGCUACUCAUGAACUAGGUUCCCCUCAUCAAACACUGUUGGUAAUCACCUGUGAAAGUCAAGAGGUAUUGACGACGUCCUGGACGUUAUUUUAGCGUUGAGUCUCGGUGCAUUUCAUAAAGAGGAUAUCAAAUGGAGGCUAGCAACGUUAUCAUUGUUGUGUCUGCCAUGAGUGAGGGCACUAAAAAAUAUUUUCCGCUCGUGAAGAGCUGAUGUACAUUUCAACAACAUUUUCCCACUUUCGACCCAAAAGAAAAGCUUGCAAACUCGAAGGUAUAUGGUAAACAAAGCUAUCAGCCGUACUACUACGUUCUUUUCCGUUCACACUUUUCAUGAUCAAUCGCCUAAAUUUGCAUUCCUUUUCAGAAUUUGGUCUAAAGUAUAUGAGGAAGUGGAGGUUAAAAUAGUCAGUGGUGUUGUCAAAUUGUGCAGCUUAUGAAAUAGCUGUAUGGUUGACAGUAUAAACUGCACGCUUUUACGCUAAAAAUUGUUUCUUUCUUAAGCUUCAGGUCCUUGCUCUGUAAACAAUGGAGGAUGCAGUCAUUUCUGUGUUCCUAAGGCGUCCAACCAUGAAUGCGUGUGUCCUACGGGCCUAGCAGUAAAGCAAGAUGGAAAGACGUGUGAAGAAAGUAAGAAAACUGUUUAUUGAUUGCUGGAGAUGGUGCAUAGAUACUAACAAAGUUAUGUCAGCCCUUUCAAGUAAAAUACAAUAGUACUUGUCUGCUUGUAAUUCUGCAAUUCUAUUAACGGUCAAAUUUCGAGAUGAGUAUACCACAUGUGAAUAUUUAAACAGGUAGAUUUUUCCUCCGCCCACCCACCGGCGAACAUGCAUGCCACCUUUAAAGCCAGCCUUCUGAUUCCAAAAAACAACGAGUAAUGCAUGGUCGUUAUGUGCAUUCUUUGUUCGAGAGAUCAAUAACACUUUGAGGUUUAUGACAACCUGCUGCAUGGAGAUGAAUCAAUCAUCCUCCCUACCGAGUCUUUCAAUGGCAACAAACGCUGUUUUUAUUAUAAUUGCAGAAGUAAAGAGGUUCAUUCUUUUUGCUGACGCCGACGACAAAUCAACAAAUAUCAUUUCACUGGAUGUAAGUUACUUCGUCGUUCAAACACUAUAUAGCCAUGUAGGAAAUCAGCGUCCUAUCGCUUUGGACUAUGACCCUGUCGAAGAUCGCGUGUACUGGUCGGACGUUGCUGAAGGUCUAAUCGUCAGCGCUUUUACCAAUGAAACCUCAUUGAAAAACCUUUUUCGUUGUAAUAUCCUAAACCCCGAGGGUUUAGUUAUUGACCAUGCAGCACGGAACAUUUACUGGACCGAUACUGGAACUAACAGAAUUGAAGUAGCGCGUCUUGACGGAUCAGGUAGGAAAGAAUUGAUCAAUACUGGACUUGAUGAACCAAGAGCCAUUCUGCUGGAUGAAAGAAAUGGGUAAGUAACGAGUUUUUUAAGACUGAAAUGUUUUUGUAUCCGCUGGUGAACGCGUUGUAGUGGAAACGGCAAAGAAGUAUCAUAAGUAGUAAACGUAGCCUUUUAGUUGUCCACGGCUUUGACACAAGCUAACUACUACAAAUGCUCUUACCCAGUUGAAUGGACUUCAAAAACAGGAAGAAUCUGACGAUGAUCUGAAGAAAUGGCGACGUAUCCUUAUGAUAUAUAAAAUGCAAUCAUCCAUCUAUUUUGCAAUAACUGUUAGUUAAGAUAUACUUUCAAAGGCCAUUGGGCUGUGUUAGCAGCUAAACCUUGGUGGACUUUGUCAAAAAAAUUCUUAACAAUGUCUGGAAUAAAUAAUUUCUUUUAGUAUGAUGUAUUGGACAGACUGGGGCGCCAAUCCAAAGGUAGAGAAAGCAGAAAUGGAUGGCUCGGGCAGAAGGUCCAUUGUUACGGGAAAUCUAGCCUGGCCAAACGGACUUACCCUAGACCAGGCUACAAACCGUUUGUUCUGGGCAGACGCGAAACUAGACACUAUAGAGAUGUCUAAUCUGGAUGGAGGAAACUGA